AUGGCCUCUCUUCCUUCCUCUUACAAGGCUGUUGUCAUUGAAAAGGCCAAUGGGCCCUUCAAGAUUGUCGAGAGACAAUUAAAGGCGCCCGCGGCAGGCGAGGUGCUCGUCAAGGUGCUGGCAUGUGGAGUGUGCUUUAGUGAUGUCGCCAUUGCCAGCGGCGAGAUGGGCAACGUCUUCCCGCGCGUACCCGGCCAUGAGAUUGUUGGCGACGUCGUGCAGAUCGGCGAAGGUGUCAAGAGCCUAGCCGUCGGCGAGCGUGUCGGCGGGCCUUGGCACGGUGGCCACGAUGGCAUCUGCCGCGCUUGUCAGCGCGCCCAAUUCCAAAUGUGCGACAACGAACUCGUCAAUGGUUACUCCAAGGAUGGUGGUUUCGCCGAGUAUGUUCUGCUCCGCGCCGAGGCCACCGCCCGCGUCCCCAAGGAGAUGGACCCCGCCGAGGUAGCGCCUCUUCUCUGCGCCGGCGUCACCGUUUUCAACGGCAUCCGCAAGCUUCGCGUGGAGCAGGGUGCUCUGGUCGCCGUCCAGGGUCUCGGCGGUCUCGGUCAUUUGGCUGUCCAGUAUGCUUCAAAGAUGGGCUACGAGGUCGCCGUCUUAUCGUCUGGUGACGACAAGGCCGAUUUCGCCAAGCAGCUCGGCGCCCACCACUACAUCAAUUCAAAGGCCAAGGACGCCGUCGAGGAACUCAAGAAGCUCGGUGGCGCUUCCAUCAUUGUUCAGACGGCUCCCAACCCCAAGAUUGUUGGUCCUCUUGUUGGCGCUCUUGCUCCUGAGGGCAAACUGCUCAGUCUGGCGCCCGUCGGCGCCGUCGAGUUCGACACCGUGUCUUUGGUCCUCAAGGGCGCCAGCGUCCAGGGCUGGCCCAGCGGUCAUGCGCUCGACAGCGAGGAAGCUAUCCGCUUCGCCGCUAACCACGGCGUCAAGUGCAUGAUCGAGAAAUACCCCUUUGCUGAUGUCCAAAAGGCGGUCGACAGCCUCGUCUCAGGCAAGCCCCGGUUUCGCAACGUCCUCGUUAUGCAGUAG